UAAUAUAAUAUGCUGCAAGUGGUCAGCUUCUUUGCGUUCUCCAAUCAUUCAAUUCAAGAAAGCGGUAAAAACUUCUUUAAUUUCGUUUCCGUCUCCUUCCAAUAAUCUAUACAUUCAAUUAGCUAUGUUUGUAUGGUACAAAGAUUUCAGAUUUGGAUAAUUAUGGAUUUUUCUGAUUUCAGUUCAUGCAUAGGAUAUAGGAUGCAGUUUUUCUGAACCUUAAUCAACUUCUUAACCAAAAUGCAAACGGAUCCAAACCCCAUGAAAUCCAAAGAUUCGCCAUCAAACUCAGAUAGCACCGAGUCAACUCAGUCAGCCUCUCCGUUCCCAGAUGAUGUCCUGGGAAAAGUUCUCUCGUUUCUAAAUUCGGACAAGGAUAGAAGUUCAGUUUCACUGGUGUGCAAGGAUUGGUACAAUGCUGAGCGCUGGACAAGAACAAAACUUUUCAUAGGCAAUUGCUAUUCGGUCUCUCCAGAGAUUGUGGCAACAAGGUUUCCAAAAAUCACGAGUGUCACGCUCAAAGGGAAACCUAGGUUUUCUGAUUUCAAUUUGGUCCCUCAAAAUUGGGGGGCGGAUGUUCAUUAUUGGCUUGUCAUGUUUGCCAAAGUCUACCCCUUUCUGAAGGAAUUGAGGCUCAAGAGGAUGACGGUCAGCGAUGAGAGCUUGGAGAUCCUGGCCACGGCAUUUCCUGGCUUCAGGGCGUUAUCUUUGAUGAGUUGUGAUGGAUUCAGCACAGAUGGGCUCAAAUCUAUUGCCACUCAUUGCAGGAACUUGACUGAGCUUGACAUACAGGACACUGAUAUAGAUGACUUUAAUGGUGGUUGGCUGAGUUGCUUCCCUGAGAAUUUUGGUUCACUGGAAGUACUUAACUUUGCCAGCCUUGACAGUGAGGUCAAUUUUGAUGCCCUCGAGAGACUUGUCAGUCGGUGCAAGUCGCUAAGGGUUCUUAAGGUCAAUAAGAGUAUUACAUUGGACCAAUUACAGCGACUGCUUCUGCGGGCCCCUCAGUUGAUGGAGCUUGGAACUGGUUCCUUCCAGCAAGAGCUUUUGCCUGGUCAAUUUGGCGACCUUGAGAGUGCAUUCAGCAAUUGUAAAAAUCUUCGAACUCUUUCAGGUUUAUGGGAAGUCACUUCGGUCUACCUCCCUGUUCUUUAUGCAGCUUGCACCAGUCUAACCUUCCUGAACCUGAGCUAUGCGGCUCUUCGAAGUGUUGAAUUUGGAAAUCUUAUUGCUCACUGCCCCAAUUUGAAGCGCCUCUGGGUUCUUGAUACAGUUGAAGACAAGGGGCUUGAAGCUGUUGGAUCCAGCUGUCCCUUGCUUGAAGAACUCCGAGUCUUCCCUGCCGAUCCUUUUGACCAGCAACUUCACCGUGGGGUGACUGAGUUGGGUUUUGUGGCUGUGUCUCGUGGAUGCAGCAAACUCCACUAUGUCCUCUACUUUUGCUGGCAGAUGACUAAUGCUGCUGUUGCCACCAUUGUGCAGAACUGCCCCAAUUUUACGCACUUUCGUCUUUGCAUAAUGAAUCCAGGUCGGCCAGAUUACCUCACAAAUGAACCUAUGGACGAGGCCUUUGGUGCAGUGGUUAAAACUUGCACUAAGCUCCAGAGGCUUUCCGUUUCAGGCCUUCUAACUGAUCUGACUUUUGAGUAUAUUGGGAAGCAUGCCAAAAACCUUGAGACUCUUUCUGUGGCUUUUGCUGGGAGCAGUGAUUUAGGGAUGCAGUGUGUUCUUGAAGGUUGUCCAAAGCUAAGGAAGCUUGAGAUAAGAGAUUGUCCAUUUGGGAAUGCUGCUCUUCUGUCUGGACUAGAGAAAUAUGAGAAAAUGCGGUCAUUGUGGAUGUCAUCCUGUAAUGUGACUAUAACUGCAUGUCAGCAACUUGCUAGGGAGAUGCCGAGGUUGAAUGUUGAGGUGAUGAAAGACAAGGAAAGUGAUGACAGUCAAGCUGACAAAGUCUAUGUCUAUCGUUCAGUAGCAGGGCCAAGAAGGGAUGCCCCACCUUUUGUUCUCACUCUUUGAUCGCCAGGUAAAAAGAUUUCUUGGAUUCGCUGUUGCCCUCCUUGAUGCUUUGGUCAGGUACUCGGUUGUAAAAAUGGCCUUGGAGAAGCGAAGUGAACGGGACCAUAGCUUUCUUCUCAAUGAGAAUAUGAGAAAUGACUAACAAUAGGGAGAAGUUGAAUUCAGUGAAAGCAAGAGAAGCCUUGAUUGCUCCUUUUUUUUUUCCCCCUAAUGUUUUGAAUUGUGAUAGAACUGUAUUAAAGAAUUAUUAAGCAGCACAGAGUAACAUCAUUCAAGAUUCAAUGUUCAGGUGGCGAAAUGCAUUCUGGAUUUCAGUUAACUGUGCGCUAACUGGCUAAAGUUGUCUUUUGUAUCACGUUGAGAGAAGUUACAGUUAAGAUCAUUGCUUAAAGAAUUUGUUUCCAAACAAGGAAAUGAACGAGUUUUCAGUUGGUUGAGCUUUAAGAGACGGGAUAGGCGAACAACGUCUUGUAUUUGUGGACAAGUCAAAGUUUGUCAAGAAAUGAAUCUCUUUGGUAAGUUUCGUUAUUAACAAUGUCGUUUGGUUUAACCAAAUGCUCGCAUUGGUUUUUCUGAGCCCUUUCGCUCCUUGAAUGCAUAGAGUAAAUAAAUGGGCAUAGUGGACUUA